AUGCAGGACGGUAGAGCACCUCGUGUCAAAAACAGGGCGCCGGCCGCCAUCCAGAUUACCGCCGAGCAAAUUCUCCGGGAGGCUCAAGAGCGGCAAGAGAGCCAGUUCCGCGCGCCGAAGCAGCGCAUUGAAGACUUUGAGGAGCUUCAUGAGUACAGGGGAAGGAAGCGGAAGGAGUUUGAGGAACGGAUACGGCGGACGAGGGGCAACAUCAAAGAAUGGCUACAGUAUGCCAACUGGGAGGCCAGCCAAAACGAGUUCGCUCGGUCACGCUCAGUCUUCGAGCGUGCUUUGGACGUCGAUCCGCGAAGCGUGCAGCUAUGGCUCAGCUACACUGAGAUGGAGCUUAAGGCGCGAAAUGUCCAGCACGCUCGGAACCUGUUCGACCGAGCGGUCACCCUCCUCCCGCGCGUAGACCAGCUCUGGUACAAGUACGUCUACCUCGAAGAGCUGCUGCAGAACAUCCCGGGUGCCCGCCAGGUGUUCGAGCGUUGGAUGCAGUGGGAGCCCGACGACAAGGCGUGGCAGGCGUACAUCAAGAUGGAGGAGCGGUACAACGAGCUGGACAGGGCUAGCGCGAUAUACGAACGGUGGGUUGCUGUACGGCCGGAGCCAAGGGUCUGGGUCAAGUGGGGGAAAUUCGAGGAAGAGAGGGGCAAGCUCGACAAGGCGAGGGAGGUCUUCCAAACCGCGCUGGAGUUCUUCGGGGACGACCCAGAGCAGGUCGAGAAGGCGCAAGCUGUGUUUGGCGCGUUUGCAAGGAUGGAGACCAGGCUCAAGGAAUAUGAGCGUGCACGGGUCAUAUACAAGUUCGCCCUGGAACGGCUCCCCCGAUCCAAGUCAACGAAUCUUUAUGCAGCAUAUACAAAGUUCGAGAAACAACACGGAAAUCGGUCCACGCUGGAAUCCACCGUCCUCGGGAAGCGGCGAAUCCAGUAUGAAGAAGAGCUCGCUCACGACGGCCGCAACUAUGAUGUAUGGUUUGACUACGCCCGGCUCGAGGAGGGAGCGGUGAGAGACCUGAGAGAUGAGGGUGCGACUGCCGAUGAGGUGGAGCAGGCUAUCGGCCGGGUCCGAGAAGUGUACGAGCGGGCCGUCGCACAGGUACCUCCAGGCGGUGAGAAGCGGCAUUGGCGGCGCUACAUAUUCUUGUGGCUAGAUUAUGCCCUCUUUGAGGAGAUCGAGACCAAGGACUAUGACCGCACACGACAAAUAUACCAAACGGCGCUGAACCUGGUACCACAUAAGCAGUUCACUUUUGCAAAGCUGUGGCUUAUGUUUGCUAAAUUCGAAUUGCGACGGUUGGACUUGGGCGCGGCCAGAAAAAUCCUGGGUACUGCAAUCGGUAUGUGCCCGAAAGAGGCGCUGUUCAAGGGUUAUAUCCAGAUGGAACUGGAUCUUCGGGAAUUCGAUCGUGUGCGCACGCUUUACGAGAAAUACCUUGAGUUCGACCCCACAAACUCUGCAGCCUGGAUCAAGUACGCAGAGCUGGAGACGCAACUCGAGGACUUCUCGCGCACACGUGCAAUCUUCGAGCUUGGCGUCUCUCAGUCUCCACUCUCCAUGCCGGAACUCCUCUGGAAAGCCUACAUCGACUUUGAAAUCGAGGAAGGCGAGCGCGAUCGCGCGCGUGCCCUCUUCGAGCGCCUGGUCUCUCUCAGCGGGCACAUCAAAGUGUGGCUGUCGUACGCCAAGUUCGAGGCCGAGCCUAUGCCCAUACCGCGAGCGCAGCGGGACGAAGAAGAGGACGAAGACGAGGAUGCGGAGGUGCCGAUGGUGCCUGGAGACCCUGCCCUCGCAAGAGCUGUCUACGAGAGAGGGUACCGCGACCUGAAGAGCAAGGGCCUCAAGGAUGAGCGAUUCGCCCUUCUCAAGCAUUGGAAGGAGUUUGAGGAGAACUACGGUUCGGCGAGCGAUGUCUCGAAGGUCCAGGCUAUGAUGCCGAUUGCCACGAAGAAAAGGCGAAUGGACAACGAGACUGGGCAGAUGGAAGAAGUAUGGGAAAUGGUCUUCCCGGACGACGAACGCGAGGCAAACCCGACUUCGUUCAAGUUCCUGCAAAGAGCGCAUGCUUGGAAGAGCGCCCAAGCCAAGGGAGGUGCUACCGCUGCUACAGGGGCAGCAGCGGCCGCCGCGCCUGCGCCGGCUGCGUCAGAUGGCGGUACACGCGCUGCGAAUGACGAGAGUAGU